UAGGUUCCUUCUCUUCGUAGUAAACCAGAGGAAAAAAUGGCCUCGAUCUUUCCUUCUUCUUUGCUGAGCUUCUGUAAUUUCUCUUCCAAUUCUUCUUCUUCUUCCUCCUCCAACCAAAUCAGUAUUAGGGUUUCGCCCAUUUUUACUUAUGAUGGUGUUAGAGCUUGCAAAUUUCCAGUGGUGGGUGCAGUGUCCCCUUCUUACUUCGCCUUCAAGACUUCUAAAUCGGAGGUUUCGGUUUUCACUUCAAGUGGGUUUCUCUCUAUUGAGAAGAAAAACGCUGUCAAGAAGAUGGGCGAUUUCAGUUGUUUUGCUAGAGGAGCGGCAGAUUCUGAUACCCAAAUCCAAUCUUCAUCUCCUUCAACAAAUAUGGAAUGCAUUGGCACUGGAAUCGAUGUUGAAUGUCAGGUUUCAUCUGAAAAGGAGGAGGAAACAUUUAAAGAAAUCGGUAUAAAAGACGAUUCGUUCUUUAACACGUUGUGGGAAUGGGCACUAGUAAUUUCUCCCUUCUUCUUCUGGGGAACGGCAAUGGUUGCUAUGAAGGAAGUUCUUCCAAAGACUGGUCCUUUUUUCGUCUCCUCUUUCAGGCUAAUCCCUGCAGGACUUCUUCUGGUUUCAUUUGCUGGCUUCCGUGGCCGGAGUUUUCCCUCCGGCGCCAUGGCUUGGUUAUCUAUAUCCCUCUUUGCACUCGUCGACGCUACUUGUUUUCAGGGUUUUCUUGUUGAAGGCUUGGAGAGGACAUCAGCAGGUCUGGGCAGUGUGAUCAUUGAUUCACAGCCAUUAACUGUGGCUGUAUUGGCUGCUUUGUUAUUCAAUGAAUCCAUUGGCUUAAUUGGAUCUUCUGGACUUGUGCUUGGUGUUAUUGGCCUUCUUCUUCUCGAGGUGCCAGCAUUGUCCUUAAAAGAAGGUGAUUUCUCAUUGUGGGGGAGUGGUGAGUGGUGGAUGCUUCUUGCAGCUCAAAGUAUGGCCAUCGGAACAGUCAUGGUCCGAUGGGUCUCCAAAUAUUCCGAUCCCAUAAUGGCCACAGGCUGGCAUUUAGUAAUUGGUGGAAUUCCUCUUGCUGCAAUGUCAGUUCUAAAUCACGAGCCUGUCUUCAAUGGGAAUCUAGCCGAUCUUACAUCGAGUGAUGUCAUGGCACUCCUUUACACCUCUUUGUUCGGAAGCGCCAUAAGUUAUGGCGUGUACUUCUACAAUGCUACAAGAGGUAGUUUGACGAGGCUAAGCUCUUUAACGUUCUUAACUCCAAUGUUUGCAUCCAUUUUUGGGUUCUUCUAUCUUGGCGAGACAUUCUCAAAUGUACAAUUCUUGGGAGCUUUCAUUACUAUUGUUGCGAUUUACAUGGUUAAUUAUAAGGAGGAUGAGAGUUCUACAUGAAGCUGGCUGCUGUCAUAUAGGUUUUGUACAGGCUGUGAUCGACAUUUCCUCGAGAAAAUCCACUUUCUGUCUUGUAAACAAAGUGACAACUGAAGACCAAACAAAACUUUCUGUUUUUAUGGACUUCGAACAUGGAAAUGGAUACUAUGAAUUAGCUUGAUAAAGAGGAACCAGGUCCAGCAUAUGGAAUUGGAUUUUAUACCCUUAGUUUUUAUGGUGUCUCUGAACUGUAUAUGAUUUGUAAUUUUGUUGUCUACUAUGAAUUAGUUUGUUGUAUAUAUAUAUAUAAUAUAAUAAUGAAUUGUGGGAAAAGUAGUUGAAUUUUAUGUUGGA